AUGAAGCCCUCCGAGUUCAUGACAAAGGCGCUUGGUCUACGCACAAUACAUGAAGCUAUUCUGGAAGGAGACCUCAAACGGGUUACGCGGAUCCUUCACCAGGACAAGAGCGCCGUGAAUACUCGGACCAUCAGAGAUCAGGUCACCCCUUUGCACUUGGCUGUGCUCAAUGGUUCCCUCGCGACGGUCAAGCUGCUUCUGCUACGGAAGGCUUCCUUUAGUAUCAAAGACAAGAAGGGAUACACCGCACGACAGUACGCUCGUUCAGCAACUAUAAGGGCAAAGAAAUUGAAGCAAUACGAGCGACUUGGCUGGCAGCCAGCCAAAAGGAGGAACAGAAAGGCUCGGUUCAUUUCCACCAUAUUUCGCGAACCGGAAGCCCUUCGCGCGAUACUUUCCGCGAAUGACCAUCCUCUCUCAGGAUCCACGAUUCUGACAGACGGGACGAAGCUGGCAAUUUUACAGAAGGUUGUCACUACGAGUCUGACGUUUCCUGUCCAGAAUUCUACCUGUGGCUUCAUCGCGUCAUAUAUGUCGUCUGUCCCGCAGAUGAUAGCAGUCAGUGGAUGGAAGGGCGAGGGGCGGUCAUCCACCCAAGGGGUCCUUCCCAAUGAAACAAUGACAGCUUUGGUCAGAUAUGCAUGCAAUAUCAUGGGUUUCCGGCUCUACAUGCAACCAUACGAUUGCCCAGGAGCGAGUGUCGUGCCCCCGGAGCAUGUUGGGAGGUAUAUGGCAUCACACAUUGAAAAGCAAUUAUCAACAGCUUGGGUCCUGAAGCUACUCCAGGACUUUCUCAAGACCAGUGAUUUGGCCCGCAUGGGUGAGCUGAAACAUAUCAAGCUACCCACCGAGCGAUCCGAAGCGAAGAUAUUCUUGAAUCAUAAUCCAUGUGGCAGUUGUUUGGGCUAUCUAGCCAAGAUUCGUCGGGUGACUGGCGUCACUUUUGCCGUUGAAACCAUUCCGUUCGCAGUCCCCGGAAGUCGAGCCAAGUCUACGCCAAUCCCGCCAUCGGGUGCCCGAAAUUCUGCACCUGCCGCCGAGGCAGAGACAGAUAUAGUCGAGAGAGACAACGAUUACGGAGAACUCUGCCGGCAACAGAAGUUCGAUGAGGAUGGACCCAUGGACGACUUCGGAUCGCUGGCUAGCGAUGAAGAUAAUGAGCUUCAAGAUGAGCUCCCAGUAGAGCCGAGAGCCGACGACGAAGACCAGGUAGAAAUGCAAGAAGAAUUCAUAGCCCCGAUCAAGCCGAAGACCGCCACCGAACCAACUCGCCGGCAGGUCGUUGCUUCUAGACGGCUCCAAGGAUUGCUAGGCACCUCUCCUCCGGGUCACUGGGAGGUGUUCCAAGGGCAAAAUUUUUGUGCCAAGCCGUUGAAGGGUGCAAGAAAACGGCUAGGGCUCAACCAAGAGGAAUUCAACCAAUUCCUCGAAGCACAGUCUCCUCGACGCUUUCUGGGAUCGCCAAGGGCCACCACCAUUUCGUCAGUGUGUGCUUCUUUACUCGAGCCUGUAUCAACCAUAAACGGCCGUUCGGUUUAUUUCCAGACUCCAGUUCCCGUAUCGGCCCCAUCACCGGCUACAGCUCUGGAUCCGUCGUGUUUACCGUCGAUAGCAGCCUCAGUACAAGGACCUCCAGUACAGCAUUUCAAACGUCUAGAUCAGACUGUACAGCAAUCUUCAUCACCGCCGCCUCGCUUGGAAGUGUGUCUUCCACGCCUAGAUUCAUCGGAAAGGUCGCAACAUAGGAUGAUACCAGACGACGAACCCAAACAGCUGAACUUGAAACGGUUCAGCUACCGAGGAAGUGCGCAUCAUAAAGAUGUCUAUCCACAUCUCUUUGGACCUCCAGCUUCUUCUCACUUAUUUCAGCGUCUCAAAGUAGGACAGUCAAAGGGGUUACAAGCCAGCAGUACGCUAAGUUUGAAAAGCGCUAUCAAAGACGCAUCCGCUUCCACUAGAAAGCCUAGUAUAGCAGAAAAGCAUAUACGGCCCAGUAAGAUUAGACGUAUCCAGGAGAGGAGCGUGUUCGCUAAAGUUGUCAGGCAGUGUCAGGAGAAUCGGCAGCAUCAACAGCAGGCAAACAGCCAACAGCGGGACGAACAUGAGCUACAGCAGCAAAAGUACGUGAAAGAGUCGAUGCAACAUGGUGGGCACCCUGUGACUUCAAAGGAAAGAUCCCCCGAUGAUACAGGGUCUCGACAAGUCUUGAAAUCGAUCGAGAGAGCUGUCUCCGCUGCUCCAUCCAGGGACGGCCUUAGUCUUGAGACCCCGAUUUACCUGGAGUAG